AUGUAUCCCUCGACGGUCAAGAUGGACGACGCUUCAUCACUGCAAAAAUCCAAAGCGCAGUGGCUCUCUGCUCUUGACGAGGCGCUCGACAACUUCCGCAAGCUUGUGGCCGAAUCCUCUUCCAAGGCAUGGAAGCCUGUCAGUCUCGUCGGAAGUAGCCCGGCAACACCAAACCUCGCAUCACCUUCGUCGUUUCCAACUGCUGCGACACCGUCUACAUCACAGAAUACCUCAGCCUCGCUAACGCCGAAAGGCAGCACAUCGAGGGGCAAGGCGCGUGAAGCAUCGUCCUUGCGGCAUGUCGAAUCCAUCGAGGACGUCUCCACUCGAUAUUAUUCCACUGCCUCUCCUCCCAAGCUAGCAGACCAAUCCCAGGCGGCACCGCCAGCUUCCAGCUCGGAGCCCUUUCGCCUUGGACGCUUUCGACCUGAUCAUGUCGCUGUACAUCGCAAGAGCUCCAAGGGUCCUGACGUAUAUCGGGCCGUCUCAGAAGUCGCUUAUGAAGGCACGGCCGACCUCACAGCUUUCCGCUCCGUUCUACAGACCUCGGAAACUCGAGCUUCGUGGGACCGGCUCGUACAGUCCGCAGAGCUCGUCGAGCAGCUCGAUCCCAUCACCCGUAUCAACAAGGUCCAAUACAGGCUGGGCUGGCCUGCAAGUCCCCGAGACGCUAUCGUCAUCAACAGAACUUUGGCAGACGAAUCUACACUCAUCGACAUUGCCACCUCGCUGCCACGGUCUCCGGAUGCACCUUCUUACCUCCGUCCUGCACCACCUUGUGUGCGGUCCCAUGUCCACCUCAUGGCCUGGUGUGCGCAGGUGAUUCCACCGGACAACCCAUCCACAAAGUCGGCGGCCACUUCGUCCCCGCUUCGAUCGUCACCGCGCAUCAAGCUCACCGUCUUCUGGUCAUGGGAUCUUCGAGGAGCGUGGAUGGGAAUGCCUGCUGGCGGUCUCGGCAUGCAUCUGCCCGAGCUCAUCAAAGGUCUCCUCAACCAUGUUCGCGAAAUCAGCGACAAGAUCCCCCUGCUGAAAAACUAUGGCAACUGCAUCGAAUUGCUCUCCAGCAACUUUGAUCCGACUCGCGAUACCCUCGCUGCCGAAUAUGCCGUGGUGGUGGAAGACGCACUCGCCCGCGAGGCUGAAGACCGUGCAGAGAAAGAUCUGGAUACACUUCACCUUCUCCGCUCGCGCCGGAAGCUAGGAGCCGCGGUAGAGUUUUGUCUCCCAGCCGCAGAGGGAUGGGACGUCAGGGUUGAGACGAAAGCACAGGCGGCGUCUCUGUCCGACCUUGAGCCAUCCGAAUCCCACAAAUCCGCCUCGUCGUGGCACGCCAUAGCAGAAAGGCCUUCAGGAUCUCAGCAUAUCGCCCUGACAGUACGUCACGAUGAGCUCAAAGACGUCGAGGAGAUGAUGCGGAUCAAGGUGAGGAUCCAGCGCGUGGUGGCCAGCAGCGAUCUAAGGCUCAACGACGAGCCUUUGCACGUCGCUCCAGUCGAGACACGGACCCCCGCCUCUCUCGCACAGCCUUUGCUCGAGGAUACGGCGAGCAUCUCGGGCAUCAGCGUAGCAACAGCUUCCACAGGCAGCGCCGCUUCCGUCAAUGCAUCGACAAAUGCGGGCCAUGCGGCAAACGCCUCCCGGACAGGUACACCAAACCUCGGAUUUGUCAGCCAGAUCAACUCGCAGAUCCGCCGCAAUUACAUCUACUUCACCAGCCUCCUGCAAGAGCCAGAGGCGAAAUGGAAGGCGGUCAGCGACUUGAGGGGCGUCACGGUGACACAGCUUGAUUCGAUCGAUCCUACGCUCGUCGUGUACCGCGCCGAAGCCACCUUUGUCGGCGUCAGCGUCUGGGACCUUUUUUCCACCAUUGGCAAUCCUGGCGCACGCACCUACUGGGACAAGACGCUGGACGAUGCUACGCUCCUCACAGACAUCAACGAGCUCAGCUCGCUGUGGCACACCAAGACAAAGCCCAGCUGGCCCGUCAGCGCACGCGACACUGUCAUCAUCCAGACCGCCUACAAGGCGCCAUCGUCCGUCCACAUCUUCUCCUUUUCGACCGACGAUCGAGCGCAGUUCCCUGCCAUCCCGCAGGUGGACGCAAGCACCAUUCGCACCCAAAUCGACCUUCGCGGCUGGUCGGUCGAGGCGCUGUCUCCCACCACCGUGCAUGUCACUAUGCUGGAACAGUCCGAUCCCAAGGGCUGGACGAGCAAGUCUGCUACUCCAGCUGCCAUGGUGGGCGCUGUUGCCGGUGUAGGUGAAUACGCCAUCAAAUUUGGCGGGCCUCCCGUCCUUACGCGCAUGCUCGGAGCCAAGACAAAAGUGUCUCGCUAUGACCAUGACAAGGCCACCUUCCGUGUCGAGUAUGCAAGCGAUGCGCCAGCGAACGAGGACCUCACUGAUGCCCCUAACGUCGAAUGCGAGAUCCGCUGCGACAUAGAGACGUGGGCCAGCUCGCUGGAUCUGGUCGUCGACCCCCCGCCCAUCUCCAUCUCAUGCCUCCGCCGUCACAAGCUCUCGCAAGGCGGAGGCGGGCUUUGGCUCACUAUCGAACAUGCUGCCGCAUCUCUCGAAGAUGACUCGGCGCGCAUCACGAUCCGCAGAGGGAACUCGCGCGAAAAGGGCACCGUACACGUCAACGGUGCCAGCAUCAAAGUGGAUGUGGAUCAGCUAGAUGACGAGCAGGUGCAGCAAUUGAGUCGCCAGAAGCGCUCUAAACCCCAACGUGUGCCUCUCGACCUAAUCAAUCCGUCUCGAAAGGUGACGGAUGAUUCUGUCGUUCCCGCGAGCGCAGACGGUUCAGGAGGCGGCACGCCAUCAGUAGCCAACGAAGCAGCCAAGAAUCAGUCAACUUCCCAGUCGAAAACUUCUUUGGACAACGAAACGGAGCCCAGCGAGGAGCCUGGAAAAUCCUCUCCUGCACUUUCAUCUGCCGGCGAUGAGACGAUGCAACCGCGCGACAACCUCAAACCGUUGUCGACGGAUCCUCCCCUCAGCGCCGUCCCCUUUUCGGACGAAACGCCACGCCAGCCAAUGACGUGUGCGCUCGACGUCCUCUUCCUGCUACGACGCAUUCACGCCGAGCGAUCCCCUGACCCCGCUGGCAGUCCUGCCGGAUGGGCGCUGGUGACCGAACGGAACGGCCUCUACGUCCGACGCAAGCUCAUGGAGUCGAUAUCGAGCACGGUACUUGUUCAGCGCGGUGACAAGGUCGUCCAGGGACUGUCCGCUGAAGACUUGCUCGACGUGGUCUCAAAUCCUCGCAGUCGAAAGCAAUGGGACGACAAGGUCGACUCGACCACCUUGCUUGAAAGCUAUGGAGAUGGCUGUUUCACAUCGUUCAUGACGACUAAGGCGAGCUUCCCCUUUCGCGGACGUGCAUUCCACCUGGCCAGCCUCACCGCACGAGGCAUGCCGCCGUCUACCCUCGGAGCGACCAGCCCCGGCGCUGACGGUGUCAUCUCGAGCUCGGCUUCCUCGUGGUCGGGACCAGCCGUCUACUUUCACGCCUCGGCGUCGUUCCCGCAGCAAACUUCGAGCUUUGCGAUGGAUCGCAUCAAUCCGACCCACUUGCCGCUCGGCAAAGUGCUCAUCGACGGUUGGAUCUUGGAGACGCUUGAUCCGUACAGUUCGACUAGCUUCCAGAUCCCGUCGACGAGGUGCACGCACGUGAUCGCUGUCGAUUACGCAGGCAGCUUGCCGGUCGCUGUCAACACGAUGUGGAACGCGAAUCUACCGCGAUCGGUAUUGUUGGUCGAGGAAUACCUCAAAGCGAGAGGCUCAAUUCCGUCGAUCAAGACUCCACCGCCGUGUCUGCAGGUGCUUGGUGAUGGUCGGGACGAGGAUCAGGGUUUGGUCUGGUCGAUGAACAGCCCAGACCGCCAGGAUCUGCUCCUUUCAACCAGCUUCGAUCCGGUGACGCGAACGUAUGUCGCGAUGAGCAUGCGUCGCGCUAUGCAGCAGUCAGUGGCACCCUCAGCAACAGGACUCCUGCCUGCAGCUGACAUCGUGGGCAACGGACAGGGUCGGUCUUGCCGGAACUCUGACGCCUCUGUGACCAGAGGGGUCGCGGAGAAGCUCGCGCAGGCUGUGAAUGCCGCACCUGGCACACCGACCGUGUCAUCGGCAGCGCCGCCUGUCAAUUCGGGCGGCGAGCAGGAGUCUGGGCUCACCCGAGCGACCAGUAUGCAGUCGAUCGGUGGGACGUCGGCUGUGAGCGCGUCUUCGACUAUCCGCCGUCGGCCCAGCUCGAUUCACACAGACUCGCGCAACGCCACAGACUUGAUUUUGAUGGAGGUCGAGAUCGAGCUCAGACAUUAUCACAAAGGGUACGACGUCCAGGUGUUUUCCGAAUUCGUUCCUCGCAGCGCGACGGGUGCAAAUUCGCAGAAGUCGAAUGACCAAGUUAUCGAGAGAUCCGCGACGCCGGUUGGAUCGUCGGCUUCAAGGAGCAAAGCAGGGGAGAAGGAAGCAAAUUUGUCGCUCGCGAUGGCGUCAGAAGCGUGCAGAGAUCUGCCUGUGCAGCUCAAAGUCUACGACUUGCCGCCUAGCGCUGUACUCGCCGCGACGCUCGAUCCUUCUGCGAGACCGCGCAAGCACCUCGUCCGUGUGACCGUGCCGACCACUGCGUUCCUCGACCCAGUCGAGGACCCGCUGACCGGAUCAAAGGCGCCCGACAUCCCAACCUGGUACACCGCGCUUCUACAGCAAGGCGCCGUCCUGCGAAUGGUCGUCAAGCCGCUCACGAGCGAAGGCGGCGGCACAGACUCGAACACUGUCGGUGCCAAGGACUCGACCACAGGCGUCGUGUCGACAUUCGCCACGCCGACAGGCAAGGUCACAGUACGCAGCGGUGACGCGAAGCUCGACAUCGUCCAUGUCAACCAGACGUCGGCGAUGCUGCAAAGGGAACAGAUCGGAGUGGAGCCCAUGACGCAGCUGAGACGGGUGGCUCCUCCGAGGCCGAAGUCGGGGCGAAAGUCGGGUGGAGCUGGAGAGGUGGCUGCGAAGGAAGAUGUGCGGCUGCCGGCGGCUUUGCGUCGACCUGUUGCGACUCGCAAGGAUCUGCUGAUUGCGGGAGCGGGUAGUGAAGCAGCUUCGAUUGAGUCUAAGGGUACAAAGAUGGGCAACGGGAGCAGCUCGGCUUCGGGAGCAAGCGGGACAGGCAAAGCCGCGACUUCAGGACUGAAUUCGACGGUCGACACGACUGCAGACAAAGCGAACAAGCAGGCAAGCUCUUUGUCGCCGAACUCGGCCUCAGGCUCAGCCAACGCAUCUGCAGCAGGCUCGGCACCCCCGUCUCGCUCCGCGACGCCGUCCGCACCCACGUCGGCGGGGGCCCAGAUCAUGAACAUGUUCGGCACCUAUCCGCUCUCUCGUCUCGGUACUGGCUCUGCUCUAGCCUCAUCCCUGACCUCCGUCUCUUCGGUUACAGCACGAGGCAGCAGCGUCGCUUCAUCCUCCUCGGCAAAGACGAACGCCGAAGCGCUCGCCGCCAACGAUCGAGCCAAACACGGCGCCAAAUCCGGAGAGCACAAGGACAAGCCCACCGGAACCGCAGCUGGUGACAAAGCAGCGGACGCAGCCGGCGGCGGCGAGACUUCGGCCGGAGAAGCGGUGGCGGAAGCAGCGGCCAAUGCAGGCAACACGGUCGCGCAGCUGGCCAAGGACGGCGCGAACGCGAUCGGGUCGUUGCUGAGCUCGGACAGGCGGUUUGCGUUGUCGACGUUGCUGUUGGUGGCGCUGGCGGCGUUCUUGUUGGGGUCUCUGGUGAGGUCGUUGAUGGUGGGGACGGAUUUCGUGUUGGUGGGGACGCGGCAGAAGCCGUUUUUGACGGGUGCAGCGGGCUUGGGCAAGUUGACGGGGAAGGGGGAGGCGGCGAAGAGGGACUUUUUGGAGCUGGUGGAUAAGGCGAAGGCGGUAGGCGAGGGAGCAGGGAUGUGCAUCGUCGACGACCAUCGCCUACUCGAGGUGUCGAAAACCUUUCUGCAAAGUUAUGGUCAAACGCCAAAGUCUCCUCUGACCUACGAUGACCGAUCUCGAAGGUAUCAAGCGGAAAACUCGAAGUUGAAGUUCCUACCACCUUGCCAAGGUUGUCGCGGCAACCGCGACCAUUUCGAACAGUCGACUGUCGAUAAGUGUCAAGCUCGACAUUCAACAGAAUACGACUUGACGAGCGCAACAGUCAUGCAUGACGAGCAAGCCGCAGCUUUGUCCCAAUUGCCAACGGAUCGUGAAGUGCACGUCUGUAACACAGAAGCCUUUUGA